AGAGAGUGAGAGGGGGUUUAGAAAGUGAGAGAGGGCUUGAUGUAGGGUGUCGUGAGAGAAAGACAGCGCUAGAGGAAGAGAGGAAGGCAAGCGAGGUCUUUUUAUGUUUUUUUUUUCUUCUUCUACUGCAGGACCGGUAGACCAAAGAGAAAAACAACGCUCCAAAAAUGCUCUGCCAUAUAACACGGCCGGACUCGGUGGUCAUGGAGGUGGAAGUGGACGCGAAGGCGAAUGGAGAGGACUGUCUGAAUAAGGUAUGUAGGCGGUUGGGCAUCAUAGAGGUGGACUAUUUUGGCCUGCAGUUCUCCGGCAGUAAAGGCGAGAACCUGUGGCUGAACCUGAGGAACAGAAUCUCCCAGCAGAUGGACAAUCUGACACCGUGCAGGCUCCGACUGAGGGUCAAGUUCUUUGUGGAACCUCAUCUAAUACUGCAAGAGCAAACCAGGUAAGCCAGUACAGAGAGGGAAACCUUUUCGUUU